UAUUUUCCGACAGGACCUGAAGGCAGCACAAACUCCUCCUCCGGUUGUCCGAGCGGGAAGUUCACAUGUUCGUCUUGUUUAGCUAAAAUGUAGCAAAUAUCCCGGUGCUACGGCUAGCUACUUCAACAUAAAAAUCACUUUUAAGGAAUUUUAACUUGAGAGCUCUUCAAUCAUGUCCAGUAACGCUGAGGAGAGGAGCAUCUCUGCACCCAAGUGCUUCGGACAGUGUACCUACACAGCCGAUGAGUACCAGGCGGUGCAAAACGCUCUGCGACAGAAGCUGGGACCAGAGUACAUCAGCACCAGAGUGGCUGGAGGAGGACAGAGGGUGUGCUAUGUUGAAGGGCAUCGUGUAAUCAGCCUGGCUAAUGAGAUGUUUGGAUACAACGGAUGGUCUCACUCCAUCUCUCAGCAGAAUGUCGACUUUGUCGACCUCAUCAAUGGGAAGUUUUAUGUCGGAGUCAGCGCGUUUGUCAAAGUGCAGCUGAAGGACGGGUCGUUUCAUGAGGAUGUAGGGUACGGAGUCAGUGAAGGACUGAAGUCUAAAGCUCUGUCACUAGAAAAGGCGAGAAAGGAAGCUGUCACUGAUGGCAUGAAGAGAGCGUUGAAAUGCUUCGGUAAUGCUCUUGGAAACUGCAUCCUAAAUAAAGAAUACCUCCAAGCCAUUAACAAGAUCCCCAAACAGCCUCCUCCUCCUCUUGACGCAGCCCAGACUAAACGCUCGGAGGAUGAGCCCUCAGUGGAGGAGGCCCGGGUCUCCAGUCUGGUCCGGGAGGAAAAGCUUUUAUCUGCGGUGGGUCCUAGCAGGACUCCGCUGGAGACCAGAGUCCUCAACCAGAACCAGAACCAGAACUGUUCAGAAGUUCAUACUCCUAAUGCUGCUGGCUCUGCUCCUGACAGGGGGGCUGAGAACGUCGGCUCCAGACCUGUCAUGGACUCGGUGGACGUCGUCGGGACUGAAGCGCACACAGACCCCAAACAGCUGAGAAAGCUCCGACAGCAGCAGCUUCAGCAGAAGUUCAGGAGAGAGAUGGAGGCCAAGAGGCUGCAGGAGAACCAGGAUCAAGCCAAGUCUGAGGACACAGAGGUCCCUAUUGGACGAGGAUCCAGUCACGAAGGUGGGCCUGCAUUCAGUGACGGCACCUCGGCUGAACACAGGAAGCCCAGCAGCAGGGACGAGUAUUUAGCAGAUGAUCCUGAGCUCUGGGAUUUCACUCUGGAUGGGAUUGAGGAGCUGGAUGUCCCCGCAGGCGGCCCGUCCUCCAGAGGGCUCCAGCCCGGCACGCCCGGGAAUCACCAGAUGCAGACGCGCAGUAAGACCCCUCAGAGAGCCCCGGGCAGACCUCCAGGCGAGGCCCCGUCGUACAGCCGAGGACAGGACCGGGCUCAGUCCAGACCUCAACAUCAGAACCAGUAUCAGGCGAGACCAGGUGAAGCCUUCAGUCCGUACAGACAAGGACAGUACAUGAAGAAACGCAGACUGGACACUUGAGAUUUUGUGUUGCUGUUCCACAGCUUCCUCAACGCUUUAGAGAAUCCAGCCACGAUUUUCCUUUUGUUUUCAUAUUUAUUUCAUACAUUUAUUAAGUUCAUCUUGCAAUGAAUUGGUGCUAUGUCCGAUAUUUGGAGAAAUGUUAUCUGGUUUUGUAAAAAAUAAAAACGUAACCACAGAAA